AUGAAUCGGUUCGAGGCGGAAAAGCUGCUGGAAAACAAGCCCGAAGGAACGUUCCUGCUGCGUGACAGUGCCCAGUCCGAAUACUUAUUUUCAGUCAGCUUCAGGCGAUACCAACGUACACUGCACGCGAGGAUCGAACAGCUGAAUCAUCGCUUCAGUUUUGACUCAUAUGACCCAUCCGUGUUCAGCGCGACGACCGUGAGUCAACUAAUCGAACACUAUAAAGACCCGGCUAACUGUUUGUUUUUUGAACCUCAAUUGUCAAGGCCGCUGUGCAGAAAUUUCGUUUUUCCGCUGCAGCAUCUGUGUCGGUCGGUUAUAUGCAGUCGCAUAACUUAUAACGACAUUGCGCAGAUUCGAAUUCCGAAGUCGUUCAGGAAUUUUCUUCGCGAGUACCACUAUCGACAGCCGGUCCGCAUCGUUCGCAUGGAGUAG